CAUCAACAACCUUCUCUGUCGCUACAGUUUCUCUGCACUCAAAUUCAUCCCUGGUAAUGAAAAAUGAGCCUCUCCCCUACCCCUGCUGCUGCCUUUCGCCUCACGCCCCCAGAGAAGAGUUUCUUCGUGUGGCAGCCGGUGAAGGUUUUUUUCCAAGUCACAUGAUCCAGGAUGCAGGGGAAGAAUCCUUCUUGGAACAGAGAUGGGCCCAGAACCGAAUGAGAUGAGGAGAGAUAGGGUGUGCUGUGGGAAGACUAUAUAAGAAUGGACCCACGGCUGCAGCAAGCACUCAACCGAGUGGCCCCUUCUCAAGACACAGCCAUGCAUGUGCCAGAGGGCUCCGUCGCCAGCCACUUGGGAACCACAAGCCGUGGUUAUUUCUAUUUCACCACGACCGCGCUGGCUCUGUGUCUCAUCUUUGCUGUGGCAACCAUCAUGGUGUUGGUAGUUCAGAAGACGGAUUCCAUCCCCAACCCACCAGGAAAAUUCCCCCUUAAAGGAGGAAAUUGCUCAGGGGACAUCUCAUGUAUACUGGAAAAGGCUCCAUUUGAGAAGUCGUGGGCCUACCUCCAAGUGUCAAAGCAUUUAAACAAAUCCGAGUUGUCUUGGAACAAAGAUGGCAUUGUCCGUGGAGUCAGCUAUCAGGAUGGGAAUCUGGUAAUCCAGUUCCCAGGUUGGUACUUCAUCAUUUGCCAACUGCAGUUUCUCGUGAAAUGCCCAGAACAUUCUGUUGACCUGAAGUUGGAGCUUCUCAUCAACAAAGAUGUCAAAAAGCAGACGCUGGUGACAGUGUGUGAGUCUGGAGUGCAAACCAAAAAUAUAUACCAAAAUCUCUCACAAUUCUUGCUGGAGCACCUCCAGGUCAAUACCACCAUAUCAGUCAAAGUGGAUAAAUUCCAGUAUGUGGAUACAAACACCUUUCCUCUUGAGAAUGUGUUGUCCAUCUUCUUAUACAGUAGUUUAGACUGAAUGAACCACUUCUCCUGGCCUUCAGGAAGAAAGCCACUCUCUACCAUACAGUAUUUUAUCCAUCAAACACUUGGGCAGAAAGAAAACUCUAGACCAAGACUAAAACCACAAAGGGUAUUAAAUAACAUGCUUCUCCUUCUUGUCUCUUGGAAAGAUACAGCUCCAGGGUUUAAAAAAAAAAAAAAA